AAUGGAUUCAAGUGAUCAAAGCGAUACGGAGUGUGAAAUUUUAGAGCGCGUGAUAAUAGCCCGACGUACACGGACUAUAAGAGAUGCGCCUAGUCGUUUCGGAAACUUCGAUGAUAAGAACUUCCGAGACAGGUUUCGAAUAAGUAAAGCGGCAGCAUGGAUGGUGCUACGGAUGAUAGGGGAGCAAAUACAACACAAAAUAACAUGGAAUAGUGCUCUAACCCCCGAGGAAAUGCUUCUGCUGAAUUUGCGGUUUUAUGCCACGGGCUGCAUGCAAAGGACCGGAGGGGACUUAAUGGGAGUUUCUCCCAGUACUGCCUCCCGAGUAAUAAGAUUGGUUUCUCACCAAAUAGCUCUGAGGCGAGAAGAGUUCAUUGCGUUUCCCCCAACUGCAGAAGGGCAAAGGCAGGUGCAACAAAAAUUUUAUUUGAUGGCCAGAUUUCCGCGCGUACUUGCGGCUUUGGACUGCACACACGUAAAAAUAAUAUCCCCAGAUUCGGGUCACGCGCUUGGACACCACAACCCAAAAUCAUUGUGCAAAAUAACUAAAUCGUACCCGAAAAGUUUGCUUCGCCAGCACGCGAUAAACGGUCAGAGAGAACUUUGUUUGCGGCCGAGGAAAUUUUCACUUUGGAAGAAUCUUCCAUACACAAAACGAUAGGGUGUGAGCUCAGUCGUUACGACAUGCGUCCGAACUCGUUCCGAGGAUUCAACGUGACCACCACCAGCUUCUGCGAUGAUUUCAAAAGGAACCUGCUCCAGCUCAUAACGCAAAACGAACACAAAACCAUGUUUCACUUUUUUUAAUGCCAUGCACCAAAACAUUUGCUAGCACCCUGCAGUGAAAUCCCAAACUAGU